AGCAAUUCGAAGCCCUUUCGUUUUCUCUCUCGUGUAUUCGUCUUUCACACCUUGUUUUGCAGCAAACCGAUAAGGGUCCGUGGCAAUCAUCGACCGGCGUAUCCGGCGGGAAGAAUUUCCGGUUAAAUUAUUAAAGAGUUAAUGUGUGGUUGAGGCGGUGCAUUUGUGUUGGAAGAAUAGAAGGAUGAGCAGCAUUCAGACAAAUCUUUGUAAACCUUGCCCCUAUACUCUCUCUGCAAGGAUAUCUCGAUCAAGUUGCCUUUUCCCAACACGGGUUGUUUUACCAAUCCGUGCCUAUGAUCCUCUGAAGUGCUCCUUAAAACUUUUCUCAAUGAGUCAUCAUCGGAUGCCUAUGUUGAAAUGCCGGCAAGGCACAACCAUUUGUUUACUCUCUGGCAAAGAUAAGUCUGAAGGUGAAAAUCAGGGAUCUCCAUCGAAUGCUCUUGACAAAGCAAUGGGAAGCUUUAAGGGAAAGUCCGUAGAAGAUGUGUUGAGGCAACAGAUUGAAAAGCAGGAAUUCUAUGAUGAUGGAGGCAGUGGUAAAAUUCCGCCACGCGGACGCAGGGGUGGUGGAGAUGGAAAUGGCUCUGAGGGAUCCGGGGAUGAAGGAUUAGCUGGAGUUGUGGAUGAGACUUUACAAGUGAUCUUGGCAACCCUUGGCUUCAUUUUCCUGUAUAUUUAUAUCAUAACUGGCGAGGAGCUGACUCGGCUGGGAAAGGACUACAUCAAGUAUAUUUUCCGAGGAGGUAAGAGCGUUCGUCUAAAGCGAGCCAUGGACAAGUGGAGUGGGUUCUGGACUAUGCUUUAUGAUAAGAAGGAAGACAAGUAUUGGCUGGAAAAGGAAAUUCUCAGAACCAAUACUUGGUACGACGGCCCUGAAAAGUACAGGCGUGUUAUUAGUUCUGCCUUAGAAUCAGAUUCUUCCUUAGAAUCAGAUUCUGAUGAGUAACCUGGAGCUUUCUUUAUUUCAAUCAAUUUUAUUUCUGAUUGAUGUAACAAAUUAGGAAAGAACUUUCUUUCUUCGCAAUUAUAAUUCCAUAAUUUUGGAAGGUCUGAGGCCGGGUAGGCCCCGUCAUUUUGACAAUUGUAGUUGCCUUGGGUAUAACCCUUUUUUUUUGCGGCUACUGUAUAACCUUGAUAAAUUAAUAAUAAUCAUUAGAAAAUAUUUUUGGUCGGUCC